GCGCCCGAGGCCCCCGAGCGUGGUGUGCUGUGGCGCGCGGCUGCGGGGAGCCACCGAGCAGCCCCAGCGCACGGCCCGCCGCCCGCUCUGGCCGCCCCGCCCCGCCCCUGCUCCAGCUCCUCCUGCGGCACCGGUGGUAGCAGCAGCAGCAGCAGCAGCAGCAGCCAGACGAAGGCGAGGCACGCAUCCCGCGCCGGUGCCCGUCCCGCGGGGAGGAUGGGAGCCCUGGCGCUGACGAAGCCCGGCGGUGGCGGCGGCAGCAGUAGCAGCCGCGGAGAAGGAGGCGGCUGCCUGCCCCGCCUCUGGCGCCUGUGAAGAGGGGGAGACUGUGGCUUCAUGUACCCAAACUUGACCAGCAUAAAGAAUCACGUCUGAAAGGGAAGCCGAAUAAAUGCAGCACAAGACUGGACAGGAGUUUUCACUGCACCUGAUGGCAUUGCUACAGCAACUGGAAACUACGAGUGAAACUUAGAAGUGCAGCAGAAGCCAGGGCACCUCCUCCUUGCCUUUGUGCAGGAGAGCUAUGCAGGAGAGCAAAGGGGGACACUGGGCAGAUUUUGACCACUCUGUGGGCAAUGAAAGCUUCAUACGAGGAACGUGCAAAUGCUUCCUCAGAAAAUGGGAGUGCUAAUGAGCUCUGCUGAAGCUACUGUUUGUUUGUGGUUGUCUGUUAUGACUUUGCAACCUUCCUGGGACUGAAGUACUUGGUCCUGGUCUAUUGGAGGGCAUCACAAAUUGGACAGUACUCUCACCCUGCUCCCAGAAGAUACACCUGAUAAAAAGAAUCGCUGCAGUUAUUUCUGGGAAGCAGAGAGAGAGAGAGAGAGAGAGAGAGAGAGAGAGAGAGAGAGAGAGAGAGAGAGAGUCUACAGCUAUCCCCUUCUGCUAGUCUCUGCUGUACCAUGGGAUGUAGGCAAAGCUCUGAGGAGAAAGAGGCAGCGCGGCGGUCCCGGAGAAUUGACCGCCACCUGCGCUCUGAGAGUCAGCGGCAGCGGCGCGAGAUCAAGCUUUUACUCCUUGGCACCAGCAACUCUGGCAAAAGCACCAUUGUCAAGCAGAUGAAAAUUAUCCACAGCGGUGGCUUCAACUUGGAGGCCUGCAAGGAGUACAAGCCUUUGAUUAUCUAUAACGCCAUCGACUCCCUCACUCGCAUCAUCCGCGCCCUGGCGACUCUGAAAAUCGAGUUCCACAAUCCCGACCGCGCCUACGAUGCGGUGCAGCUUUUUGCUCUGACGGGCCCUGCGGAAAGCAAAGGGGAGAUCACGCCUGAGCUGCUUGGGGUGAUGAAGAGGCUCUGGGCUGACCCUGGGGUACAGGAGUGUUUCUGUCGCUCCAACGAGUACCAUCUAGAGGAUAAUGCUGCCUACUACUUGAAUGACCUAGAAAGGAUUGCUGCAUUAGAUUACAUCCCAACAGUUGAAGACAUUCUGCGCUCUCGGGACAUGACCACAGGGAUUGUGGAAAAUAAGUUUACUUUCAAAGAGCUGACUUUUAAAAUGGUGGACGUUGGCGGGCAGAGGUCGGAGCGCAAAAAAUGGAUCCACUGUUUUGAGGGAGUUACAGCAAUAAUUUUCUGUGUGGAGCUGAGUGGAUAUGACUUGAAGCUGUAUGAAGAUAACCAAACGAGUCGGAUGGCUGAGAGCCUUCGCCUUUUUGACUCCAUUUGCAACAACAACUGGUUUAUCAACACCUCCCUCAUCCUCUUCCUGAACAAGAAGGAUCUGCUGGCCGAAAAAAUUCGCCGCAUCCCUCUGACAGUCUGCUUUCCGGAGUACAAAGGCCAAAACACUUACGAGGAGGCAGCUGUCUACAUCCAGCGUCAGUUUGAGGACUUGAAUCGCAACAAGGAGACCAAGGAGAUAUAUUCACAUUUCACUUGCGCCACUGACACCAGUAAUAUCCAGUUUGUGUUUGAUGCGGUGACAGACGUCAUCAUUCAGAACAACCUCAAGUAUAUUGGUCUUUGCUGAGGAUCUGUGCAGAUGAAUCUGGUUUCUUAAGGUGAUGUGAAACAGGCAAGCCACAGCUGCUUGCCACAGUGGAAACAAUGGCGCAGUGCUUGGAAGACCCAGUCAUAGAAGGGAGAAAUCUGAUGUAUGUUCACAGAUCCCUUCAACUGCCCACACACCUUUUUGCAAAAACAAUGUCUUGGAGUGUGCAAACCUCCCACCAAAUGGCGAUGUUCUGAACUGUAUGGAAGUGUUUUCACUACUAUCACAUCAUCCACUGGCUCAUUCUGUCUGUUUCAUUCCCACCCACCCCCCAACGAGAUAGCAGAGCUUUCCAUGUUCUAUGUAUAAUGAGACAGAUUGUUGUCCUUAUUGUCCUAGAAACCAUCAUACUGUUGGAAUGAUGCAGAGCUGGUGAGUUGGGGAGAGGGCUGUGUUGCAACUCCCAACCCCCAAGAGGAAAGAGACCAGAGGCUAGAGAACAGGCAUAUCUGAGGAAAGGGUUCCUUUAACCUACAGUCUGGUACUUGACCUGUAGAUCAUGUACACAUGGAUCAAGCGUGCACAGGCACCUAACUUGCAGCAAGUACAAAGUACAUACUAGAUACACACAUUGUCUUUGCAUCAUGG